AUGGAAGCUUUGCUCCUAGCUACUACAUCUGAUACUAAUAAUUUCAGUGCAAUUGGUAUUGUAGGGAUGAGAGGAUCAGGUAAAACUACUCUUUCUCAAAUAAUGUUCCAUAGCUCUAGAGUCCAAGAAAGUUUCUCCCCAAUGUUAUGGGUUGAGUUACCUCAAUAUCCGAAUCUAAGAUCCGUUGUCUUGGCUAUUCUUGAAUGCAUGGCAAGUGAUUUCUCUUUGUCUGUCAACACUUGUGAUCUUGAUGAUCAUUUGCACAAUAUGCAUCUAUACUUGUUUAAUAAGAAGUAUUUGAUCGUGUUGGACAACAUGUGGCCUGCUUCGAGUGAUGAUUUGGAUUUCAACAAGAAGUACAUAACUCCACUCUGGAAUGGAUUGCCACUUUGA